AGAAUUCGGCGGUAAGGUCUGAGACAACACCUUAGCUUAGAUCAGUGCCUUCUCUGAACAGCGUUCACUAAGCAGCCCCCAACCCCAAAACCCCCAAGUCCCCGGGCGCCGAGGACGCUGCGAGUCCUGCGCAUGCGCAAGGUUGCCCACUCGCUCGCCGCCUCCUUGGCGAAUGGCCUGUUCCAUUCUCGAGGGAUGCCGGCGGGAGGUGAGGCGGGAGACUUGGAAGCCUGGGCCCGGAAGUGAGGUGCGUCACUAGUAUUUCCAGCCUUUCACUCCAUGAAUAGUACUUUGUGAUUUUAUGCUUCUACCUUGAUGAUUGCAACAGGCUGCUGGAAAAAGUUUGGUGAACAAUCCACCGGGCAUCCUCCCCUCUUCACCUGCGCACGUUAGGGAGGGCUGGGGUGGUGCCCAGGUACGGAAUCCCAGAGGGCUCCGCCCACCGCUACCGGGACCCGCCCCGCCGCCCCUCAACCGUCAGGUUCGCCAGCCGGCGGCGCCGCCUGGCAGCUCCUCCUCUUCUCCGCCCCGCCGGCCGCGGGCGCGGGGGACGUCAGCGCUGCCAGCGUGGAAAGAGCUACGGGGCGCGGGAGGAGGAAGUAGAGCCCAGGACCGCCGGGCCACCACCGGCCGCCUCAGCCAUGGACGCGUCCCUGGAGAAGAUAGCAGACCCCACGUUAGCUGAAAUGGGAAAAAACUUGAAGGAGGCAGUGAAGAUGCUGGAGGAUAGUCAGACAAGAACAGAAGAGGAAAAUGGAAAGAAGCUCGUAUCCGGAGAUAUUCCAGGCCCACUCCAGGGCAGUGGGCAAGAUAUGGUGAGCAUCCUCCAGUUAGUUCAGAAUCUAAUGCAUGGAGAUGAAGAUGAGGAGCCCCAGAGCCCCAGAAUCCAAAAUAUUGGAGAACAAGGUCAUAUGGCUUUGUUGGGACAUAGUCUGGGAGCUUAUAUUUCAACUCUGGACAAAGAGAAGCUGAGAAAACUUACAACUAGGAUACUUUCAGAUACCACCUUAUGGCUAUGCAGAAUUUUCAGAUAUGAAAAUGGGUGUGCUUAUUUCCACGAAGAGGAAAGAGAAGGACUUGCAAAGAUAUGUAGGCUUGCCAUUCAUUCUCGAUAUGAAGACUUCGUGGUGGACGGCUUCAAUGUGUUAUAUAACAAGAAGCCUGUCAUAUAUCUUAGUGCUGCUGCUAGACCUGGCCUGGGCCAAUACCUUUGUAAUCAGCUCGGCUUGCCCUUCCCCUGCUUGUGCCGUGUACCCUGUAACACUAUGUUUGGAUCCCAGCAUCAGAUGGAUGUUGCCUUCCUGGAGAAACUGAUUAAAGAUGAUAUAGAGCGAGGAAGACUGCCCCUGUUGCUUGUCGCAAAUGCAGGAACGGCAGCAGUAGGACACACAGACAAGAUUGGGAGAUUGAAAGAACUCUGUGAGCAGUAUGGCAUAUGGCUUCAUGUGGAGGGUGUGAAUCUGGCAACAUUGGCUCUGGGUUAUGUCUCCUCAUCAGUGCUGGCUGCAGCUAAAUGUGAUAGCAUGACGAUGACUCCUGGCCCAUGGCUGGGUUUGCCAGCUGUUCCUGCGGUGACACUGUAUAAACACGAUGACCCUGCCUUGACUUUAGUUGCUGGUCUUACAUCAAAUAAGCCCACAGACAAACUCCGUGCCCUGCCUCUGUGGUUAUCUUUACAAUACUUGGGACUCGAUGGGUUUGUGGAGAGGAUCAAGCAUGCCUGUCAACUGAGUCAACGGUUGCAGGAAAGUUUGAAGAAAGUGAAUUACAUCAAAAUCUUGGUGGAAGAUGAGCUCAGCUCCCCAGUGGUGGUGUUCAGAUUUUUCCAGGAAUUACCAGGCUCAGAUCCGGUGUUUAAAGCCGUCCCAGUGCCCAACAUGACACCUUCAGCAGUCGGCCGGGAGAGGCACUCGUGUGACGCGCUGAAUCGCUGGCUGGGAGAACAGCUGAAGCAGCUGGUGCCUGCAGGCGGCCUCACAGUCAUGGAUCUGGAAGCUGAGGGCACGUGUUUGCGGUUCAGCCCUUUGAUGACCGCAGCAGUUUUAGGAACUCGGGGAGAGGAUGUGGAUCAGCUCGUAGCCUGCAUAGAAAGCAAACUGCCAGUGCUGUGCUGUACGCUCCAGUUGCGUGAAGAGUUCAAGCAGGAAGUGGAAGCAACAGCAGGUCUCCUAUAUGUUGAUGACCCUAACUGGCCUGGAAUAGGGGUUGUCAGGUAUGAACAUGCUAAUGAUGAUAAGAGCAGUUUGAAAUCAGAUCCCGAAGGGGAAAAAAUCCAUGCUGGACUCCUGAAAAAGUUAAAUGAACUGGAAUCUGACCUAACCUUUAAAAUAGGCCCUGAGUAUAAGAGCAUGAAGAGCUGCCUUUAUGUCGGCAUGGCGAGCGACGAUGUCGAUGCUGCUGAGCUCGUGGAGACCAUUGUGGCCACAGCCCGGGAGAUAGAGGAGAACUCGAGGCUUCUGGAAAACAUGACAGAAGUGGUUCGGAAAGGCAUUCAGGAAGCUCAAGUGGAGCUGCAGAAGGCAAGUGAAGAACGGCUUCUGGAAGAGGGGGUGUUGCGGCAGAUCCCUGUAGUGGGCUCCGUGCUGAAUUGGUUUUCUCCGGUCCAGGCUUUACAGAAGGGAAGAACUUUUAACUUGACAGCAGGCUCUCUGGAGUCCACAGAACCCAUAUAUGUCUACAAAGCACAAGGUGCAGGAGUCACGCUGCCUCCAACGCCCUCGGGCAGUCGCACCAAGCAGAGACUUCCAGGCCAGAAGCCUUUUAAAAGGUCCCUGCGAGGUUCAGAUGCUUUGAGUGAGACCAGCUCAGUCAGUCACAUUGAAGACUUAGAAAAGGUGGAGCGCCUGUCUGGUGGGCUGGAGCAGAUCACCCUCGAGGCCAGCAGCACUGAGGGACACCCAGGGGCUCCCAGCCCUCAGCACACCGACCAGACCGAGGCCUUCCAGAAAGGGGUCCCACACCCAGAAGAUGACCACCCACAGAUGGGGAAACCAGGGUGCAGAGAUUUAAGACUUACCCAGCCUGUAAACUCUCACCUCUAGUAUUUGCUUGUCAUCUUGGUGCAACCAGAAAUCCACAUGUGGAAAUGGUGUCCAGGAGUACGGUCCUAUACGAAGUUGUUCCGUCUCUGCAUCAUAAAUGCUAAUCAUCUAAAAAAGAACGUGUCAAGGAUAGAAUUUCAGGAAUGUCACCCACUUUUCAAACCCUCCCAGUAACGCAAGCUCCAGUGUAGUCCUUUCAUGCAUUUAUCUGCCUAAGCUUCUUAAAACCUGUCUCAAAUAACAAAAGCUGCCAGCUACUGAACACGUCCAGUGUGUCUGCUUCUGCACACUGUGGGGCAUACACAUGACUGCUGAGCGCCAACAGCAGUCCCACAGGACGAGGGUGUUUUUUCCCAUUCGGGGUGAAAACUUGAGGCUCAGAGAAACAGGGCCCAUUUCCCAGGUCAUGUGUCCAGUAAGCCUCAGAGCUGGGCCUCAAACCCAGGCGCUUCUGACUAAAGUCUGUGUUCCUCAUUGCCUCAUUAUUUAUACCCCAAACAACUGAUCACCUUGCAAUUUAAAAGCAUACAGUGCCUGCUGCCCCAUCAAAAGAAGAAGCUAAUUUGCCAAAUGAUCCAGUCCCUGAAUUCCCAAAUUUGCCUCAGCUUACCUAGCAAUAUUCACUUUGGUAACUGACACUGAAAUAUGUUCUGAAUAUCAACUAAACUAGGCCUGUUACACUCCUUGAGAAGUCCUAAAAAUGUUAAAAGGGUUGGCUCGAAUCCAAACACAUUUUCCAGUGAAAACAUCAGCAUUUCAUAAAUGAGAAGAUUUCUUUGGGGUGGCCUGAAUGUGAUUUCCGUUUUUUCACACUUUGAGCAUUUUUAAAGAAUUCUUUCACCCAUUCCUCAAAUGGCAUAUAAACCUUGGGUUUUCAGUUUUCUAACUUUUAAAAUUACAGUGUAAUUUAAUUAAGCAUCCUAAGGGAAUCAGACUUUAAAUUAAUUUGAUCAUUAUUUUGGGUUAAUUAAAUUGUUCCAGCAAAUUGCUCUUCAGUGACCCGGUCCAAAAGAAUGCAUAGUCCUGAGUGCAGAGGGGAGAAACCUCUCUCCUGCGUCCCAGUUCUCCUCUCUUUGUAGAACUUUAUAGAAAAGCUCUUACAAAGUAACAGAAGUUUGUUCUCUUUGAAUUCGGAUGCUGGGGUUCACACUUACCUCCCACACCUUUUAGGCAGAGAACUGGAGCUGAUGACCUAAAGAUGUUCAUUACUAUUUUGAGACAGCAAGUGUGGGGAGGGGUAUAUGUAUGUGCUGGUCCCUGAUAAUGUACGGCUAUAAAGAAGCUGACAGCAUAAACUUUUCUAAGAUCCCAAAAACUUAAGGCCUUGACAUUUGAUGCCUUUUUUUUUUUUUUUUUUUUUUAACGCCUUAAACAAAGAUGAUUUGAAACUCACUGGUCCUCCCGCUAAAGUUCGCGCAGCACGAAGCUGCUCCUCCGGACCCCGAUCUUGAAAGGAGGCUCUGUAAAUCUCUGCAGUCUUAAUGUUGACAGCUGUGAGGGACAACAGGAUGACUCUGAAUUGACAAAAGACCAAAGCGGAAAGUCUGCACAGUCUUACAUUUCUACCACCACUCCUAAGAGAAAGAUACGAAAGUGAACAGAAUGGCUCCUAAGUAUCUUGACUUCCCCCUCCCUGGAGGGGGAAAAUGCAACCUUUACCCCAAGCAUCUCGGUGAAAAUUGCUGAGGCUCGAGCUGGACUCGGUGAGAUUUUGUUCUAAACCAAGAGCUGCUUUCCACAUGGGAGGCAGCCAUUCCUUCAGUCGGACAUGUAGCAAAACCUCUGGUCAUCCCUACUGGUGUACGGCCAGGGGUGGGUGGGUGAACUGUGAUCGUUCUGUUUGAAUCUUCACAAUUUAGUAUUUUAUACAUACACGAAGUUACAGAGAAUAGAACAGUGAACACUGUGUACCUACCACCCAGCUAAAUCAAUCAAGUAUCACCGCUACAGCAGAAGCCCUCGGAAAUAGAGCCGAUUCCAUGAUGCCUUUUCCGCAGGAGUCCUGGGGCUGCCAAGCAGGGAGGAUGGUUCUAGGUUUUCUCUAGCCUAAGAGUUUUACACUUUGGAGGAUUUCUGUUCUCAAGCAAAACCUUCCUCAGUUCCUGAUGUAUAAGAGGAUUCCAGUGCCUGCCUUCCUCCCCCAGAGCACUGGCAGGAGAAAAGCACGCCGGGCCUGGGGUGCUGGGGGGAGAGGGAAACAAAACCAGGCACUUUCCCAGCUCCUGGGAAGGGUGGGCAUGGCCUGUGCUUUCUAUUUGCUACCACGUUGCUUCUUCAAAGUCUUAAGAAGUGAAUAUUAUCUCAGUUUUAUAGGUAAAGCUUAGAGAAGUUAAGCUACUUGCCCAAGGCCUCACAGCAGAUGUUCGGAGUAGCUGGGAUCUGAACCCAAGGCUGUCCCAUCCUGACAGCAGUGGGGUCAUUGGUUUGCUGAAUUAGACUUUAACUGCACAUGUGACCAAGACUCCAACCCACAAAAGAUGCACACUACUUACCAAUGCCAUAUAUUACUGGAAAGUGGUUUUCAUUUUCUUCCCGGUCAUUUAAUUCUACAAAAUAAAAAUGUUUAAGAUACA